AUGCAGAACACCGCCGAAGACAUUUCCCACCAGGCUACUGGCCACAAGGCAAACCUGAGCAAUCNNCCGUUCGUCUCUCUGUCCAGCUCUCGUACGUCAAUGACUGACACCAAGCAACAGAACACUUCCGACGCCUCAAAGGAGCACAGCAAGAAGGUUCUUGAGCAGCUCGGUGGUGAGCAGGCCUUCUACGGCAAACAGGGUGAGGGUGAUAUCGACCAGAACCCUGGCAAUGUUGCUGGUGGUCUCAAGGCGUGA